AUUUGAGCUAAACUGGAGGGAUUUGUGUAUGCAGUGUGUGCAGCUAGCGUGCUAGCAGUGCGAAGAUAACUUCUCUAACGUUACUACUCUUCACAAAACAAGUCACUUCCGAGGACACCAGUGACCCCAAAAACAAAAUGGAUUUAGAAGAUGACACCACUGUUCUAACGACCUUGAAGUCCUUCAAUUCCUUCAUCAGCGGCAGUGAGCCUCCACAGCUGCUGUCGGAGCACUCGGCGGGGAAUACACACCUGCAGAGUCGGUUCAAACGUAGCAUGGAGUUGUUGGAAGCAGCAGAGAAGGUUCAAUCCAAGAACCGCUACCUUCAGUUGGACCAGGAGAAGAAGCAGAUGGAGCUGAGUCACAAGCGAGCUCGAUAUGAACUCGAGAGGGCUGCGUCUGACCGCGCACGAGACUUGGAGCAUGAGGUUGACCGGAGGCAGGAUCUCUUGGGACGAAUUAAAAAGUUGGAGGAGAGGGAGACUGAGGAAGCUAAGAACCUAUCGGAGCAGGUGGAGGGAAAUCGUUCUCUACGCAAGAACCUGGACGGCCUGAACAGGAACCUGGAGGAGCGAGAUACUAGACUGAACACCGCUAACCAGACCAUCAGUUCUUUGAAGGAUGAGAUCAGAGAGCUGAAGCAGAAGAUUCAAAACCAAGACUCAACGGUUUCUGCUCAAACCCUUGAGAACCAGGAACUGCAGGAACAGUUGGAUUUACAACGCAGGAAGCAUCAGGAAGUCUCUCUGCUUUGCCAAAGUCUCCAAGCUGCACAGACCACCUGCUCAGAGCACAUCAUCAAGAUUAAGGAGUUGGAGAGGCGUCUCGCACUCCAGGAGCAAGACUUCGCCAUCGUGAAGAACAUAAAGUCAGAGGUGGCCAAGGUCCCAGACCUGGAAAAGGAUUUGAAGCGCCUCAGAGAAGAUAAUGCCUUUCUCAGGGAGAGCAGGGAGAAUUGCAGCCUGUUGAAAGAGGAGGUGGAGGGGCUGAGGAGGAAGCUGGAGAGGAUGGAGAAAACGAAGGAAGAGCUGGUGAAUAUGGAACUGGAGAAGGAGAGACUGUUGGACAAGCUCAAAGCCUGGGAAAACAUCGGUCAAUCUACUGGCCUCAACAUAAGGAAACCAGAGGAUCUGUCCAGGGAGGUGAUUCAGAUGCAGCAGAUAGAAAUUUCCCUGAAAGAGCAGAACUACACUCUCAACAGCCGCGUGAGGAGCGUGGAGCAUUCGCAGUCUGAGCUCCGCGCCGAGCUUUCCCAGCAGCGCGGCAAGGCUCUGGAGGAGCAGAAGAAGAGGGAGGCGCAGGACGCUCUCGUCCGCCGUCUGCAGAAGAGGGUGCUGCUGUUGACCAAGGAGCGUGAUGGUAUGCGUGCCAUACUGGAGUCCUAUGACAGCGAGCUGGCACCCACUGAGUACUCUCCUCAACUCGGCAAACGGCUCAGGGAGGCAGAGGACGUGCUGCAGAGGACCCAGAGCCACAAUGCAGAGAUGGAGGGCCAGCUGACUAAAGCACAGGAGGAGACGGGGACUUUGAAACUGCAGCUGCAAACAGUGCAGCUGGAGCUGGAGUCUCUCAAGAAGCAGCAGGCCUCUGCUUCUGAUGGCAACACUUUAGCGACCAAAGAAGAGGUCAAUAUUCUCAGACAGAAAAUUGAAGAUUUGGAGGCAGAGCGCCAGCGUUUGGAGGAGCAGAACAACAUUCUGGAGAUGAGACUGGAGAGACACAACCUACAGGGAGACUACGAUCCCGUCAAAACCCGAGUUCUCCACUUCAAAAUGAACCCAACCGCCGUCGCCAAGCAACAGCGGCACCAGGACGUCGACGGUCUUCGGGAGGAAGUGGCGCGUCUCCGGGAGCUCGUGCGCUCGCUGCAGGACGGAGGCGCCGCGGUCCGUCUGCAGGACGACGCCGGCGCGCACGCCGCCGGCCUCGGCCUCAGCUUGCCGCCGUCGAAGGAGGUUCUGGAUUUACGUAAGCAGAUGGAGAGCUCGGAGCUCAGGAACCAGCGGCUGAAGGAGGUGUUUCAGAGGAAGAUCCAGGAGUUCCGCACAGUCUGCUACGUCCUGACCGGCUACCAGAUUGACAUCACCACCGAGAACCAGUACAGGCUCACCUCCGUCUACGGCGAGCACAUGGACGACUCCUUGCUCUUCAAAAAGGGCUCCAAUGGAAGCAUGCAGCUCAUGGAGACCGAGUUCUCCAAAACUCUGGGCGAGAUGGUGGCCCUUCACUUGCAUCACCAGAAGAGCAUGCCGGCGUUCCUCUCUGCUGUGACCCUCGACCUCUUCAGCCGGCAAACGGCCAUCUGAAGUCACUUGACAGCGGGCUGAAGACGGGAUUAGUUUUGCAAUCCCCCCCCACACCACCACCACCACCACCCGCUCUCUUUCUUGCCUUUUUGUUGUUAUUUUUUUCCUCUCCGUCUCAUAAGAUAUUCAGAGUGUUUCAACAGCUGUGACAUGUGAAAGUGUGCAGUCAGCGCCGUGUGUUGUGGAGGACGAGCACCUUCUCUGAUGGGCUUUAGAAGGCGACGUGGGAUCCCUAUUUGUCCGCUGAAUAUUUCAUCAACGAAACAUUGAGACAUAUAUAUAUAUAUAUAUAUUUUUAUUUUUUUUAUUCUUAACGUGACAGAAUUGUCAGUAAAAUGACACGCUCUGAUAUUUGUACAUGUACACUUCACGUGGUCCUCUGGAUCUGCAGCAGGUGCAUUGUGGGAGGUCUUUACCACGACGGAGGCUUUGACUCUCUUCAUUCUAUGGAGACCUCUCUUGAGACCUCAUGUAACAGGUUGUUCAGUGUGAACACAAUUCUUUUUUUCCCUUCUCUCGUUGGGAUAUAUAAAAAUUAGAAUUUAGUUUUCAUCAGAUUCUGAUGUUGCCAUGCAAAGGUUUUUAUUGUUGUUUUUUAAAAAUGUUGUUCAUUUGCUUGAAAGAUAAAGUCAAAAACUGAA